AUGUUCAAAUUUAAGAAUUGUGCCUUUCAGUUAUUGCUUUUUCAAGCAUUUUACUUCGGGCUCAUCAGAUCUCAAACGACGCAAAACAUAAAUGUUUUGUACCUAAAUGAGGUUGGAAAUGACAUCGCAGCAAAAGCUAUCGAUGUCGCCGUUAAUUAUGUGAAGAAAAAUAUGAAUCUGAUGUCAAUUUCUGUGUCAAUUACCGCUGUCGAGGGAAAUCGAACGGACUCAAAAUCCUUCUUAGAAGCAAUUUGCACCAAAUACGACGAAAUGAUCAGCAAAAAGCAACCCCCGCAUGUCAUCCUAGACACAACUAUCACCGGAGUUGGUGCUGAAACGGUCAAGUCCUUCAGUGUGGCUUUAGGAAUCCCAACUGUCACGGCUUCUUUCGGUCAGGACGGUGAUUUGCGUCAAUGGCGUACCUUAAAUGAUCAAAAAAAGAAUUAUUUGUUGCAAGUAAUGCCUCCAGCUGACAUCAUUCCUGAAGUCGUAAGAGCCAUAAUUUUGUACAUGAACAUCACAAAUGCUGCAAUUUUGUAUGACCCGACCUUCGUAAUGGAUCACAAGUACAAGGCUUUGCUCCAAAACAUUCCCACGCGACACGUCAUAACGGCAAUCGGGAAAUCCAAUGAGCUCGGUGAUCAGCUAGAUAAGUUGCGCAACUUGGAUAUCAAUAAUUUCUUCAUUUUGGGAUCGUUGAAUUCGAUAAAAGCUGUUCUCGAGGCUGCAAGAAAGGAAUAUUUCGAAAGAAAUUUCGCUUGGCACGCCAUAACACAGUUCAAAGGAGACUUGUCUGCCAAUUUGAAUAAUGCAACAAUAAUUUUCUUACGACCGUCCCCAGAGAGUUCGAGCAAAGAUCGACUUGGUAUCAUCAAGACGACGUAUAAUUUGAAGCAGGAGCCAGAAAUUACAUCAGCAUUCUAUUUUGAUUUGGCUUUGAGGACAUUUAUGGCCAUCAGAGGAAUUUUGCAAACGGGAUCAUGGCCACCGAAUAUGAAGUAUCUCACUUGUGACGAAUAUGACGGCACAAAUACACCGCAGCACAGUAUCGACCUGAAAACGUACUUUGUAGAGGUCACCGAUUUUCUAUCAACUUACGGCACCUUCCAGUUCCCCAAGAAUGAUCAGCCUUUCAACGGACAAUCCUACAUGAAAUUCGACAUGGAUAUAUCAUCAGUAUCCAUCUUGAGUGGUGCCAGUGUCAACACCAAAAGCCUUGGAACGUGGGCCGCUAGUCUCAGUAGCAACAUUAGCAUCACCCAACCAGCUGAAAUGAAGAAUUUAACGGCGGCUGUAGUAUAUCGCAUCUAUACAGUGGUUCAACCGCCGUUCAUCAUCAAGGAUGCCGAUAGUAAGCGCGGCUACAAAGGCUACUGCAUCGACUUGAUUGACGAAAUUGCGAAAAAGGUUGGAUUCGAUUACGAAAUUAAGGAGGUUGAGGACGGUAAAUUUGGGAGUUUGAACGAAAAAGGAGAAUGGAACGGCAUUGUAAGAAAGUUAAUUGACAAACAGGCAGAUAUUGGUCUAGGAUCGAUGUCCGUUAUGGCUGAACGUGAGACAGUAAUCGAUUUCACAGUGCCUUAUUACGAUUUAGUGGGAAUUACCAUCAUGAUGCUCUUGCCGCAGCAGCCUAGUAGUUUGUUCAAAUUCUUAACUGUUCUGGAGACGAAUGUGUGGCUUUGCAUCUUGGCCGCUUACUUCUUUACGAGUUUUCUCAUGUGGCUUUUUGAUCGAUGGAGUCCCUACAGUUAUCAAAAUAACCGGGAAAAGUACAAAAAUGACGAUGAAAAGCGAGAAUUCAACAUUAAGGAGUGUUUGUGGUUUUGUAUGACGUCGUUGACACCGCAAGGAGGAGGUGAAGCACCAAAGAACCUUUCGGGACGUCUUGUGGCAGCUACUUGGUGGUUAUUUGGUUUCAUCAUUAUCGCUUCGUACACUGCUAACUUGGCUGCUUUUUUGACUGUCAGUCGAUUGGAUACCCCUGUAGAAUCCUUGGAUGACUUAGCUAAACAAUACAAAAUAUUGUAUGCUCCAUUGAACGGCAGUUCCGCGAUGACUUAUUUCCAGAGAAUGGCUGACAUUGAGACCAAAUUUUACGAAAUCUGGAAGGAUAUGUCACUAAACGACUCCUUGUCGCCCGUCGAAAGAUCAAAACUUGCAGUGUGGGACUAUCCCGUGUCAGAUAAAUACACGAAAAUGUGGCAAGCGAUGCAAGAAGCAGGCUUACCAAAUUCCCUGGCAGAAGCUGUUGGACGUGUUAGGAACAGCACUACCGCUACAGGAUUUGCGUUUUUGGGAGAUGCGACGGAUAUAAGGUAUCUGGUGUUGACUAAUUGUGACCUUCAAACUGUAGGAGAAGAAUUUUCACGGAAGCCUUAUGCCAUUGCUGUUCAACAAGGCAGUCCCUUAAAAGAUCAAUUCAACAAUGCCAUCUUGGAGCUCCUCAACAAGCGUCAACUGGAAAAACUCAAGGAACAAUGGUGGAAAAAUGACGAGAUGCAAAAUAUGUGCGACAAACCCGAAGAUCAAUCCGAUGGAAUUUCAAUUCAAAAUAUUGGCGGCGUAUUUAUCGUCAUUUUCGUUGGCAUUGGUCUCGCUUGCAUGACUCUCGUGUUCGAGUAUUGGUACUACAAAUACCGCAAGGGCUCCAAAGUGUUGAUUGCUAAUAACGCUCCGCCCAAAAUGAGUGUCCCAAACAUUCAAUCGACGAUGAAGGAUCGCUUUCAGUCGGAGUUUAUAACACAAAAUCCGAUGAAAAAUUCAAAGUUCAACGAAAAAUAAGAAUUUUUUGAAAAAAAUUAAUGGAACUCACCUUUUUCUGAGCUUUAACCUUCACACCU